AUGCCCAGCACCCGACCCUCCGGUUGGGCCCCAGACAAUGCCAGCGCCGCCCUAGAGCCAGGGCCCUCGGCGGGUCCGUCGGCCCCGGUUGGCGCCUCGCCGGCCAGCGCGCAGCGGGGCCAGCAGGACGGCCAGGCAGCCUCGACCCGCCCCGGGGAGAUGCGGCACAUCCCCGGGAAAGCGGAGUACCGGCGCUGGGACUUCCUCAAAGGCGCAGGCCCCAGCGCGCCACCCCGCGUGCUGGUCCACCAUGCCAAAGACGUGGGCAAGUUCAAGGCAGGCUGGCACACAAAGAAGGCGGUCAAUGUGAUCAAACCAGACAAGAAGCGUGUAGAGCAAGAGGCGCAGAAGUCCCGCCGCAGUGAGGCCGCGCACGCGCAGCGCAGUGCCCGCCUGAGCGAGAUCAGCAAUCACCUGGGGUUCAACCCGAUCACGGGGGAGAUGCGCGACACGCGCCCCGUCAGGCCCCGCGAGGAGGGCAUCAAGUGCUUCCAGCGGCCGCAGACGCCGCCAGCCGUCGUGCACGCCAGGCACGUGGCCGCGGAGACCAAGUUUCAAGCGCGAGCGGAUCUCAUCCGGCGAGAAGGACUGGCGCCGCGGCCAGUGACCGUAGCGGACAACUUCAAGCCAGAGCACUAUCUGUAA